AUCAAAGCCCCAAUGCACUAAUCGCUGUAUUUGGUCAGUAAGAGUUGAACCGCAAAAGAUGUCCUAGAUUUUCCGUCUUUCUGAUCUCUUUUACGAUGUCGAAGGAAUUUAACGUGCCGCCUGUGAUUUUCCCGUCCGGUGGCAACCCCGGCGUCGCUGGCGCCAACAUUCAGCAGCGCCGUGUCCCUACGGCGCCGUUUCAGCCUCCGCGGCCUUCAUCGUCCUCGAUCCCUUUCAUGUCAUUCGACAUGGGCCCUGCCUCUUCUUCUUUAGGCGGUCCUAUAGGCGUUGGGGGCCUAUCAUCGGCAUCAUCUGCCGCGAAUUUCGAGGACGAGGCGCCGCUUUUAGACGAGCUUGGCAUCCAUCCGGACCAAAUCUGGGCAAAGACUAGGUCAAUUCUGAACCCCUUCCGGGUCAACCCUGCCUUUCACAAGGACUCGGAUCUCUCCGGCCCGAUCUUCCUCUACCUCUCACUCUGCCUGUUCCAAUUACUCGCUGGGAAGAUCCAAUUUGGUGUCAUCCUCGGAUGGAUUGUCGUUUCCUCGAUUUUUCUUUAUGUUGUUUUUAACAUGCUCGCCGGGAGGGAUGGUAAUCUGGACCUGCACACAUGCACUAGCGUGGUGGGAUACUGUAUGCUACCGGUGGUGAUCUUAUCGGCUUUGUCGCUAUUUCUGCCGCAAGGUGGGCCAGUGAGAUUCGUGAUCGCCGGCGUUUUUGUGUUGUGGGCGACCAGGGCUUGUACCAAUCUCAUGGUGGCGGUUUCUGAUAGUGGAGAUGAGCAUCGCGGGCUGGUAGCGUAUGCCUGUCUAUUGAUUUACACUCUGUUUUCGCUGCUCGUUAUAUUUUAGUAUGUUGCGAGUGAAGGCGAGGAGCUAGAGCUGACAUUUUGUCACACUAGUGUGCAGUUUUGUAGUUUGGGUAUUUGCUGCAGGUGAUUAUGAACAUGAAUAUGAUGUUUUUGAUUGGAUUCGUGGUAUAUUGGGCAAAAAAAAAGGGAAGAUAUACAUGUAAAGAUCUCAUUGCCUGUGAAUGACUCUGAUAUGGUUAGAUAAAUAUUUUGUUUCUUCUGUGCAUUGUGGCUUAAAAGUUUGAGCACAUGGUGGUAAUUUGAAAACAGAUUCAUUAUUGUUUAUCUUUGCUUUUAGAAGCUUCA